ACCUCCUGAUGUUCAAUGAACCAAGUGUUGAUCUCCAGAGCUCCUUGUUGUUGCUCUAAGCAGAGAAUAUGUUCCUUCAUAAAUUAUUGCAUACCAAAUUAUUCAUGUUUUAAAAAAUUAAAAUGAGAAACAUGUUUGUGGUUAGAUUAGGUGAAGUGUUUAAACAUGUUGCUGUGAUUGUGUUGCGCUGGAACAGUGUGUGUGAGAAGGUUUGGAUGCUCCUUGUGAGCGUGUAGAUCUUUACUUUAAACGAAUGACUGGUGAAAUGAUCUAAACGGGGACAGCGACGGAUGGUGGUUACAGCAUGCGAUUACCAACCAUCACCGCUAGGAGGCGCGCAAGUCAAACUGAUAAUGUUGAGAAGACGUUGAGAUUCUGACGUCAAUUUCCCGCGAAUUUCAUCAAACCGAAAGAGAAAAAUAGCUUCAGUCCCGGAACCUGAAUUCACUAAAAACACCUCAUUUACAGACACUUAAAUGCAAAGGAUGGAUGAUGAAUUUUGUGCUGCCUUUGUUGAUGCCAUGAGGGAGGAGCUUAUCCAGAGGGUUUGCUCCGUGAUGCCUGUGGCUGAUUAUCUGUUACAAAGAAAGCAUAUUAGUAGAGAAACAUAUGAAGAAAUCACUGCAGCGAGUACCAGGAUUAAGAAGAUGAGAGAAAUCUAUCGGUCAUUAAACAACAAGCAAAGCAAAGCUGCAUUUUGUGAAGCCCUCAAGCAACAGGAACCAUACCUUCUCGAAGAACUGGAUGGACAUUUCAGGAGCUCAGAAAGCACAGGAUCAUCAGAAGUGUCCAGUGAAACUCACCAAAAGCUCAAUGAAUGGUGGAAGAAAAACAGCAACAAAUACAGAAGCAAAUUCGAGGCCCUCCUUAAAGAUCCUGAUCUGAAGACCCUAGGAAACGGGAAACUUUUCACGUGUGAGGAGAAUAAAUACGAGAUAGGAAGUGGAGCCGAUGGAACCUGUGUAUAUAUUGGAAUGAGGGAUGAUGGUACCGAGGUUGCUGUUAAACGCAUGAUAAAGAAUAACCAUAAACAACUGAAGGAUGAAAUGACUGUCCUGCGAGAUCGAAAGCUGGAGCACAAGAACAUUGUGAAAUAUAUAGAUUUCACAGAGGACAAGAAUUUUGUUUACCUGUGUCUCCAACUCUGUGAGUAUAAUUUUGAAGAAUACAAGAAAACUAAAGAAAUGGACCAGGAUGCUUUGAAGAAAGUAACAAAGGAAGUGCUUCUUGGAUUGAAAGUCCUCCACGAUGCUGGUAUCAUCCACCGAGAUAUAAAACCCACCAACAUUUUAAUUGAUGUUGAUGGAAAUGUGAAAUUGGCUGACUUUGGUCUAAGUCGCAAAAUAAGCCAAGAUGCAAGUACAGUGCACACCACAAGAGCUGGGACCCGAGGCUGGGAGGCGACAGAGAUCCUGAAUGGGAAUGUCGAUGGACCGUGUGGGUACAAGCUGAGCACUGACAUUCAGGUGGCUGGAAUGCUGGUGUAUUACAUCCUCUCUGGUGGUGAUCAUCCUUUUGGCAAACAGUCUGAAGUAGAAAAAAAUAUUCACGAUGGAAAAUACCACCUAGAUGAACAGACUGAUGUGGAAGCCAAAGAUCUGAUUGAGAAAAUGCUGGCACCUAAACCAGAAGAGAGGAUGUUGGCCAAGGAGGCUGUAGAGCAUCCGUAUUUCUGGGACGACAAGAGGAGAGACAGUUUUUUCAGGUUCAUCGGGGACAAUGAAGCAGUGCAGAAAUGGAAAGAUACAGAUCCUAAGCUUCGAGAAGCUCUGAGAAAAUAUGGAAAGUUUAACGAAUGGAAAUCGAAGAUUACAGAUUUACAAGAUCGUGAAAAAAAACUCCCUGAUGAUUUGCAUGGUCUGCUGCGUUUCCUCCGGAACAGACUGAUUCAUGAAAAAGAAAAAUUCAACAAAAACAACAUGUAUAAAGAUUUGUUUCCUGAAUUUUAUAUCAGUGCAAACCAGUUGGCCAAAGAAAUGGGUUGGAACUGGGAGGAUAAAUGAGGGACAUGAUUUAUGUUCUCACCCUGGACCGCCCUGAACAUCCCCCCGGGUUGCACUUGCUUUUAACUAUUCAUAUGGCUUAGCAAUUUAGUAAAUCCAAUAUAUGUAGUGAAAUGUGCGCUCGGCACAAUGAUGAUUAUUUUCAUGUAUUAUUCAAAUAAAGUGAUUUUUUUUAAUUCA